GUCUUCAAUCUCGCACUUCUCGCUGCAUCGUGUGAUUCCGCAGAGAGUCGCGGCCGAGGUAUUUCGCCAUGCCUAACACGGGCAAACCCAGCAAAGAUUGCCAUCUCUGUCGGUCGCGGCGUGUCAAGUGCGAUCUUGCCAGACCGGCCUGUCAAAGAUGUAUCAAGUACGGGGCGGAAUGCCCUGGCUAUCGUACCGAACAGGAACUCGUCUUCCGCAAUGCAAACCCCAACAACGUCAAGAAGCGCAAGCAGCGAACCCAACAGGGACCUCGACAAGGAUCCGAGGCAGCUUUUUCGUCUCGAACCUCGCCAUCGACGACCACCACAGACUAUUCAACCCCAUCUACAUUCUUGGAUGAUGGCUUUGAAGAGCUCCUCAUCCAAUCAACUCCUCAAGAUCUAGUUCCCUUCAACUCAACCCCUGCACUGCCCAAGUCGCUCAAUGAGCACUGGACGGCUCACUCAGUGCCUAUCCUUCUUAAUGUCUACUCUACCCUGGAUUUUCUUCAUAAUAUCUACAAAGAGCACACCGAGAAUGGCCCGCUCCAGUGGGCUGCUCACCUUUUCUCUCGGACAUACGUCACCAAUGUCCAGCACUCAACAGCCAUGUACAAGAGCUCAGUUAGUGAGACCGACCGGGAACUAGGCACAUACCUUGGCAAGACCUUGAGCUCUGUCAAUCUAGCAUUGAAAACCCCUGGCGGGGCGAUGAGGGACGAUGUUCUUGCAACAGUUUGGAUUCUGUCCAACUACGAGCUCCUAAUGGGCUCGAUUAACCGCACAGAACCCAUGAGCCCAUGGCAUCUCCACACUCGUGGCCUCUAUAGUAUUCUCAAAGCGAGAGGGUCGGAAUGGCUGCGCAGCCCGAAUGGGCGGGCAGGUUUCUGGCCCUCAUACAACAUGGUGCAAGUUCAAUGCCUCCUUACAAAUAUCGACUGCCCUCCGGAGUCGGAAGAAUGGUUUCGCGUGAUCAGGGAAGUCAUGGGUCCCGGAGAGGCCAUCGGACUUCAAGUGUGCGGCUUUAUCACCAAGGUCUGCCACGUCCAGGCUCGAAUUCUCAGCAUCCUCCUUAGCCGAGACUUCGCUGCUGCCUCGGCAGAGUAUCACAGCUUGGUCGGGGGCAUGGCUGAAGCUGAAGAGGCCGUGGCGGCCUUUUUCAAAACCCACCCUGGCACUGGCGACUUCGAUCCAUACAUGCGCAAUAUGUAUUGUUCGACAUGCGUCAAAGGCUAUCAUCUUCUGAUGGCAUACACGAACUUCUUGACUCACCAUGUUGCGUCUCCAAUCCCCCUCAGCGUUCUCAAAGCUCUGCGUAUACGAUGCAUACAGCUAGUGCGUAAAUACGCACAGGAGAUCGUGGACAGCAUGCCUCGCACUCUCAACCAAGAGGCUUUCCGGAAAAACCCCUCGCCGCGGACAUUGUUUGACGCCAUGAAGCUGAUAUGGCCCCUCACGUCGGUGUACGUUAUCCCCUCAACACUCCCAGAGCAGUCGGAUGUGGCAGAGAAGUCGUUGCGCUUUAUUGGGCGUGAGCUUGGGGUCAGACAGGCCCUCAGGGCGUACCCUGGGCCUAGUUUAUUCCCACUCGAAGCCCAGGAGCCGUUGGAUUUAGUAAAGGACGAAAGUUAUGAACAUAUCCCCAGUGUGUAAGAAUUGUUGGCAAGGAAACCGUGGCUAGGAUAUCCCGGUAAGAAUUUUCGGUCAAGGUGGAAGUCGUCUUGUUCCGUAUCAACGACCAUGUUAAGUCUGAGGAAGUAAUAUACCACAAUGGUAUCAUACGAGCAAAGUGAAG